AUUAUUCCACAGCAGUGUCUAUAUAACGAGUACAAGUUACAUACACACGUUGCCACACUUUCGCAGUUUACAAAUCAGUAUCUUCUUGUAUUUCCUCGAAAGUAAUCCUCUACUAAGAUUCAUUACAGAAUUAUAUUUUAAGAAAACAUUUAAUAAAAAUCCGAGAGAUCAGCGUAAUGUACAACGUACAAAGUAAAACUGUAAUGAUCACUGGAGCAGGUUCUGGAUUAGGUUACAAGUACGCCGAGAUAUUGCUUUGCAAUAGUGCAAAGAAGGUUGCCGUGGUCGACUUGCCAACAUCGAACGGCCAGAAUGCGGUAGCUACUUUGGAGGACAAAUUUGGGAAGGGCCGUGUCAUCUUCAUUGCCUGCGACGUGACAAAAGCUGACGAUUUGAAGAAGGCGUUCAAGAAAACCAUCGACGAGUUUAAAGAGCUCGAUAUUCUUAUCAACAACGCAGGCAUAUUGAAUGAUAAUGUAUGGGAGAAAACAUUCGACAUUAAUGUCAAGGCGCUAAUUCGCGGCUCUGUGUUGGCGUUCGAUUAUAUGGGGAAACACAAAGGCGGUAAGGGUGGCGUCAUCGUCAACAUCUCAUCCGUGGCCGGAUUGGAACCAACUUUUAUUUCAAUGUAUUCCGCUUCGAAAUAUGCCGUUUUAGGAUUCAGCCAAUCUCUGGCGAAAAUGUACGACAAGACCGGAGUGCGAGUUGUUAUAAUGUGCCCGGGAGUUACACUUACAGCGUUGGUGGCAAAUAUUCAAGAAAAGAUAUACGAUUCUUUUCGAGAUCUGAUAGACACUGAUGCUGAAAUGGAUAACUAUCCGACACAAACAACUGAUAAUGUGGCACUUGCAAUGUUAGAUCUCAUCCAGAAAGGUGAAAACGGAGCGGCUUGGGUCAGCGAAGGUGGCCAACCGCCAUACGCUGUGGAUUUUCCUCAUUAUUCCAAGCGAUCUCUGUCUGUAUAAAGUUGAUAUUUGAUGACUUAUCUUACUCUACUUUUUAAUCAUUUUACACGAUAACCAGCAAUUGUUACAGCAUAUGUGUUAAAAAUUAUAAAAUAACAUUUCAA